GAUAAUAUUUGGAGUCAUUUUCUCGACACCCCAAUCCUUCUCCAGUGGCAGAACAAUAACACCAACCUCUUCCUCCUCCUCCUCCUCCACUGUAUGUACCAUGGUUAGCGCUCCCUUUCUCCUCUCCUCUUCAGCUUUCUCUAUCUCUCCUGUUACAGUCCUUUCCCAUUAUUGAAUUACCCUACCAAGACCAUUCUUUUCCCGUACCAGAACUUGAUGAUUCGAGCUCGGCGUGCACCAAUACCUCCAUCGUUUGGAACUCGCCGGCCGCCGGCGGAAUCCCUGGCCUACCUUCUCAAUUACCAAAUUCUUACCCGCUUUUACUCUCUCCGGCAGCGAUCAAAGAAGACGAUGCUUGCUUACUGCCGUUUCCGUAACUCAUUUAGUCACCGAAAUUUGCUUCCGUUCAGGAGUUUCUCACCGCAUCGAGUGAAUUCAACACUCAUUGAGGAUCCCAUGCUUUACGACUUCUUGGAUUAUAUGGAACAACUCAAGAAUUACGAGAGGAUUGGUGUGCCUAAAGACGCUGGAACGGAUUCUGAUGAUGGGUUUGAUCUUGGUAGGAUGAGGAGAUUGCUACAGCGGCUUGGAAACCCUCAAUCUCGUUUUAAGGCUGUUCAUGUGGCUGGCACCAAGGGAAAAGGAUCAACUGCAGCGUUUAUAUCCAAUAUUUUGAGAGAAGAGGGUUAUCUUGUUGGUUGCUAUACAAGCCCACAUCUUUUGACCAUUCGAGAACGCAUUUCUUUGGGAAGGAGUGGGGACCCUGUUUCAGCGGAAUUAUUGAGAGAUAUUUUUUAUAAGAUUAGGGGGAUUAUUGAUCAAUCCACAGAGAUGGAAGGUGGAGCUCUAACCCAUUUUGAGGUUUUCACUGCUUUGGCCUUUGCUUUAUUCUCAGAACAGGAUGUUGAUGCUGCUGUUAUUGAAGCAGGCCUGGGAGGAGCAAGAGAUGCUACAAAUGUGUUAUGCAGUACUGGGCUGGCUCUAUCUGUGAUAACGUCCAUAGGUGAAGAGCAUUUGUCUGCAUUGGGUGGCUCCCUCGAAAGUAUUGCAAUGGCGAAGUCUGGAAUCAUAAAGCCUGGACGGCCAGUGGUAAUUGGCGGUCCAUUGCUGCCACAUAUUGAGCAUAUCAUUAGGAACAAGGCAUCUUCAUCGAACUCUCCGGCAGUUUCAGCAUGUGAUUCCGGAAUUAAGAGUAGUACAAAAUUCCUUGGAAGAGAGGAGGAAAAUCCGUUUCAGUGUUGUGAAAUUCGUAUCAACAUUAAGGAGGAUUUGCCAUUGUUUAUUGACUUGCCUGAUGUAAAACUCCAAAUGCUCGGAAAGCAUCAACUCCAAAAUGCUGUUACAGCUACCUGCGCUGUUCUCUGUCUUCGAAACGAAGGGUGGAGGAUAUCGGACAAGUCGAUUAAAGCUGGUUUAGAGAAAACAUGCUUACCUGGUAGGGGCCAGUAUUUAACGAAGAAGGAAGUUGAAACUUUGGGUUUGUCUGGGGUGUCCAUACUGGUUGAUGGAGCUCAUACUGAAGCAUCUGCUAAGGGAUUGAUAGAAAUAAUAAAGAUGGGAAACCUGGAUGGACCUUUAGCUUUUGUGGUGUCAAUGGGUACUGAUAAAGAUCACAUGGCAUUUGCAAUGCAGCUUCUUACAGGUCGAAAGCCGGACGUCAUCAUUUUGACCGAGGCAAUGAUUGCAGGAAGCAGAUCCCGCACGGCUUCGGCUUCGAAUUUAAAGGCCACUUGGUUCAGAGCUGCCGAAAAUCUGGGAAUGAGUGUUCUAGAUCUUGGAACAAUGGAGGACUGGAAGGCUUCUGGCUUUCCUGAAACCUUCCCAGCCCUGAUAAAUAAUAAUGUUUCACAAGUUCUGCUGAUGGCCCUCCCAAAUGCACUUGUUGGUGAUUCCAUGAAGUUAGCCGAAGAGCUCCUCAGGUAUAGAACUGGUAAGAAACCUCACCUUAUUGUUGUUACUGGAUCCCUGCACAUUGUUUCAUCCGUUUUAGCUGCUUUGCAUCAUUACUAGCUGUUUUUUUAUUUUUUUGGCUUAGUAUGAAAUAAAAUUAAUGUUUUUAUUGGAUUUAUAAGCAUUUUCAUUGAAGGUUAUUUUUAUGAUUUUGAAGUUAUUGUGGAGCUAAACUGUGGAGUUCUUUAUUGCUUCUUUAUAUGAAUGAUUUAGCUGCUUUACUAA